AUGGAGUGCGGGAAUCUGAGGCACGACGAGUGUUUACAUCCGAUCGCUCGAGAAGAGGUGUGGAUGUUUGGAUUUACAUGUGAACUGUGUAGAGCGAAGCUGUACUGUGUGGAUGCCGACACGUUGCUCACCAUGUCUCUGCCUGAGACGACAAAACUUCCUAUGCCACUGCAACCGACGCCACCACACCAGACGCCACCUCAACAGACGCCACCACACCAGAUGCCGCCGCAGCCGACGCCACCACACCAGACUACGCCGCAGCCGAUGCCAUCACACCAGACGCCGCGACAACUGACACCACCACCACAGAUGCCACCACAACAGAUGCUGUUGCAACCGACGCCACCAUCCCAGAUGCCGCCACAAUCAAUACCACCACACCAGACACUGCAAAAUCAGACGCUGCCACAACCGACGCCUCCACCACAGACGCCACCACAACCGAUGCCGCCGCAACCGCCGACGCAACAGACGCCACCAUCCCAGACGCCGCCUCCAACGUCGCCGCCUCCAGCUGACAAGUGGAUUGCUGGUGCGACGCUGGGCAGCAUCGUCAGCGAGACAACGCACUUCAAGACUGCUAUUGCAACGCCAUUGCAUGUCGCAGCCGAGAUGCCGCCCCCGACGCCGUCCGAGAUGCCGCCACCACCGCCUGCUGAGAAAGCUACCGGUGCGGUGCUGCGUCUCACCUGGACACCAUCACCAUGCUUUCCGGACAGCCAACAGGUAGCCGAAGCAAUCACAUACCAUGACAUGACCAUCACGCCGCCCCCAUGGCAACAGGAGCGGCCCAUGAAGGUGCUGCGCCACCGCCCACCACGGAGAGUGCGCCACUGCCACACGCCACACGCGCUGAUGAAGGCGCAGACACACCACCGCCGCCCGCCAUGCAAGCCACAUGGGGCGCGCCGCCACCUGCUGCUGAAGGCACCGCCACACCACCGCCACCCACCAUGCAAGCCACCUGGGGCGCGCCGCCACCUGCUGCUGAAGGCACCGUCACACCACCACCGCCCACCACGCGUGACACCUGUGGCGCGCCGACACCUGCUGCUGAAGGCACUGCCACACCACCACCGCCCGCCACGGGUGACACCUGGGGCGCGCCGACACCUGCCGCUGAAGGCAACGCCACACAACCGCUGCCCCCAUGGCAACAUGCAUGGGGGGGAGACGCGGGCGCUCAGGCGCGGCAGGGGAGUGGGAGUUAGUCGUCGCCAGGACUUUGCAGACAGCGGUCACGAGAGUGUCAUCACUCCGCGCUAG